GCGCUUGCUUGCUGCGUUCCUGCUAUCGUUGGCCUAGGAGCUCGCGUCCUGUUCUCGGGGUACAUCUCGGAGCCAUGGGGGGACCGGACACAAGAUGAGGCGCUGUACCCCCGACCCCGCAUCGCUGAUCCUGCUCCUCCUGGGGCUGUUGCCCGUCCUGCUGGCAGAUGAAUUUUUGGGGCAAUUGCCUGCCCCGGAGAAUGUAAAAAUUCACUCCUACAACCUAGAGAAGGAGCUGAGGUGGGACCCCGUGCGUGUGCUGGAUGAUCGGCCCACAACGUACACAGCGCAGUAUAAGUAUUUUGCAGAUGACGACGAUGAGUAUACUGACCUGUGUGUCAACGUAACCCAGACACUUUGUGACUUUACUGAAGAAGUAAGAGAUACCUGGAAAGUUAUAUUACGAGUCCAAGCCCAGCAGGGAGAUCUGACCUCAAACUGGGUCCAAACGCCUGUGUUUCAAGCAACCAAAAACACCAUUCUAGGACCCGUGACUUCUCUAACAUUAUCUGCGUAUAAAGAAGAGCAUUAUUCGUUGUACGUUACAUUUCAAGACCCUUUGCGAAGGCAGCAUCGUUGGACUGUAUGUUAUAACUUGAGUUACUGGAUGAAAGGUUCUGAUCAGAAGCAAACGAAACCUACUUUUCAAACAUCCACAAGACUCGCGGAUCUGAAACCUUGGACCGAAUACUGCGUAGAAGUGACCGUGUUUACACAAGAUAUCACAGGCGAAAAAAGUGAAACUGUUUGCGCACAGCCAACUGGUCCAGCUUUGACUACUGGAGGAAGCAUAGCGCUGUUUGUGUCCGUUGCCGGUCUGUGUAUUGUUAUUGCGGGGAUCUCCUAUGUGAUGUACGAACAUCACGCGAUUAUCAAGAGCUGGUUGUACGCGCCGCUGCAAAUACCCGUUCACAUACAGCAGUAUUUUGAAGAUCAUAAUGACUUGGACCACGAGGAGGAGAGUGAAUCUAAGCCGGCGGAGGCUAACAGCGAUCACGUCUCCGUUGUCGAGAUCGAAGUCCUACAGGAGAGCAGCCAUACCUUUCCAGAAGACAGCAGUUUGUCCGAAAAGACAUGAGGAGGACCCAUUUAGCUAUCAGAGCCUUAAGACGUUGAUAUUGGGUGUUCAUCUCAUAGGGCUCACAUAAGCCAUGGAGCAUCAGCUCAAAUACGUUGAUGAGUAGCAACCCAUUGCGGAUUCCGGGACAACGCUAAGAAAUAAAAAUGACACAGCUACAUUUUGCUCAGGGGUUUAAAUUUGACUCUAAGAAAUAGAAUAUUUGUUCACCCCAUGCACAGUUAUGCAUUUUUUUUUAUUUCAUCAUUUCCAUCAUGCUUCUUUGUGAAAGUAGUAACUACCUUGUGAUUUUGACAUUUGUUCAAAGAGACACGGACGGGGACCUAUUUUGCAUCCAAAAGGUGCAUUAGUUGAACUGUUGGUAACUAAUAAAAUAAAUCACAAAAGUGGAAGGAGGGUAUGGUGACUACAGACCGGUGUGCCUCAUAUCAGGUUUUUUUUGCAAACGCCAAACUGCUUGUCUGUAUUUGGAGAGGAACCUGUUUCGUAUGUGAUCUUUUGAUGGGACUGUGACGGCUAAGAUCCCGAACUACGCAAGAUGAACCAAUCAGGGUUCCAGCAGCACCCCGGGGAUCUAUGAUAGGACUGGUGCUUUUAUAUUUUAAUAUGUUUUGUGUAUGACGACGUACCGCUUAUGUCAAAGCUGUAGUACGAAAGCUGCAUUGCAAAUGCAGAAUAUAAUUGUAAAGCUCUACGCCAGUGAUCAGUACAUUGAUCUUUUGUACAAAAAUCCGCCCCCCCAAUAAAGAAGUGUUACUGCUUCUUUAACAUGCCAAGCUCACUCACUUUAAAGCACCUUUAACAUUCUCCUUCUGCUGCUGUCAUUGAAUAUAGUUGGUUUAACUUAUUUAUGUAAAUUAAGCUGUCAUCUGAAAUAGAUUUUAUUCUUUAUUAAACCGUGUGAAGAAAA